CUUUUAUUGCAGAGAUCGUGGUGCCGCACGGUUCCAGUCCUCCCCCUCUUGGGGUAAGACCCAAGUCUGGGAGUCCCAUCACCAAGAAGUGUGGGACAAGCUCGGGUAUGUCACUGUAUGCACGAUCAAGCAUGUAUUCCGGCGAAUCAACGCCUGGACAGUUUCCAUGGCAUGUAGCAGUUCUGUCUUCGAAAAAUGAGUACUUGUGUGGCGGCGCCCUGAUUGGUGACCGAUGGGUGCUGACCGUUGCACACUGCGUUGAUGAGGCCUAUGGCCAGAAUCUGAAGGUAAGAGUAGGCGACCACGAUCUUCUGCACUCGACAAAGCUCUCAUACCAGGCAUAUGACGUCCAAGUUUGGAAAGUGAACAUCCAUCCACAUUACAUGAAGACCAACCUGAGAGCAGAUGUAGCUGUAUUGGAGUUGCAAGCCUCUGUGCUUCAUCUCCAAAAUGUGAACCGGGUGUGCCUUCCUGGCGAGCUUACGUACGCAACUGAACAUGACUGUGACGUGUCUGCAUGGACUGCUGUGUUGCCUACAGAGGAUGGUUACAAACCAACCACGGAUUUCAGCUCCAUCCUCCGCCAUUCCAAAUAUCAAACUAUGACGAAGGAAGAUUGCCAGUAUCGUCUGAGGUCUUUUCCGGCCCUGGGUAGUUUCUUCAGACUUCAGGAGGGUAUACUGUGUGCCAAGUCUAAGGAUUCCAAAAUGUGUUUGGGCGAUGGUGGGAGUGCUCUUGUUUGCAAAUCGCCUUCAGGCCAAUACACCAUAAAAGGAUUGGUGUCAUGGGGUGUAGGAUGCAAGCCCAACCUGCCCACUGCUUUUGUUGAUGUAGAUUAUUUCCUGCCAUACAUUACCUCUGUAAUUGGAGAGAAGGCAUCAGCAAGGCCUGUAAAACACCCAUAUAGUGCACCCCACAAAGCCCUCUGAAACCUCGACAUCACAAAAUUUUGAGUAUUACUGGCCACCCAAACACCACACCCCUCCAACUAGGCACAAUGGUCAUUUUGAAACUACAUAUUCCGAUCCACUUAAACCGAUGCAUGGUUUUAGCUCUCCGUCCAGUGGGUAUCAUACUCAACCUAACACCUUUUAUCAUAUCCCUCCUAAAGGCUAUGGUAUGCCCCACAGAGACUAUAAUGCCUCACCCACUGGUUAUGGUACUGUAGCCAUAGGCUAUAGUGCGCCCCCUCCCGGUUAUGAUAGCCCGCCCUCCAGCCAUGGUGUGCCCCCUUCUGGCUAUGAUAGCUCACCCUCCAGCCAUGGUGUGCCCCCUUCUGGCUAUGAUAGCUCACCCUCCAGCCAUGGUGUGCCCCCUUCUGGCUAUGAUAGCCCGCCCUCGGCUAUGGUGUGCCCCCUUCUGGCUAUGAUAGCCCGCCCUCCGGCUAUGGUGUGCCCCCUUCUGGCUAUGAUAGCCCGCCCUCCGGCCAUGGUGUGCCCCCUUCUGGCUAUGAUAGCCCGCCCUCUGGCUAUGGUGCGCCCCCUUCUGGCUAUGAUAGUCCACCCUCUGGCUAUGUGCGCCCCCUUCUGGCUAUGAUAGUCCACCCUCUGGCUAUGUGCGCCCCCUUCCGGCUAUAAUAGUCCACCCUCUGGCUAUGAUGCGCCCCCUUCCGGCUAUAAUAGUCCACCCUCUGGCUAUGAUGCGCCCCCUUCCGGC